AUGGAAGUCAUGGUUUCCAAUUCUGAAGAAGGAUCUUGCUACGAUAUGGUCAAGGAAGUGAAUGCAAUUGAUGCAACAAAAGCAGGUGUCAAGGGACUAGUUGAUUCUGGUGUGACCAAGAUUCUUAGUAGCAGUAUAUGUCCGAGCAACUCAAUAAUCUACAACACGAGCAGGUGCGCGUGUCCGGCGGGGCAGUUGCUGAACCGCACGGCAAACAGCUGUUUGUUUUUCUCCGGAAGCUCUGCCAUAUCUGCCGGCACGGGUGUGGAUUUGGAAAACAAGGGGUUUUCGUUUCCGGAAACCAUAUUCUCAUUCGAUUCCAUCAAGAAAUUCACUCAGUCUCAGGCUGUUUUCUUGGAGGCGACGCUUGUUAUGGUUGCUUCUUGGCUUUUGUUAUGCUUCUUCUUGAGGUUUACAAAGCUUGAUCAUCGUGAUGGGACCCGCAACAUUUGGUUUCGUAUUAGGUGGUGGAUUAGUCGCUUGGACAUUUGCUUUGCUACCAGGCAUUGGCUGGAUGAUCGGAAGGUGGUUGUGAAGCGGAAAACUGAACUUGGUGGAACCUUCUCAAUAGCUAGUUGGAUACUUUUCAUCGGUUUGUUUGCUGCGCUGCUUUACCAGAUUAUAUCAAAGAGAACCAUUGAGGUGCAUAACGUGAGAGCAACAAAUGCACCUGAUUUGGCCUCUUUUAUUAACGACAUGGAAUUUAAUAUAACUACUGUAUCUAGUAUGAGCUGUUCAAAUUUGCAAGGACUUGUUACUUUAGUUACAGGGAAUCCUGGUUUUAUAGAUUACAGAGUCGCCCCUCUUACCGAUUUUGUGAACUACACAUGCCGAAACACAAGUAUGGGGCCAACUCUAACUUUUAAUUGUAGCAAGUGCCACUUUAAUAGAGAUUAUACGUAUAUUUCGUGGCAGUUUGUUGAUCUUCCAAGUACUCCUGCAACUGCUGUUGGUUUUCAGUUCAACCUUAGUGUAAAAGAUCAUGCUGACAAUAGACAUGUGAGUUUUGUUAGCGGCACACUAAAGAGUGGAAGCACUUUUGAUGAUAGACCAGUUACAUUCAGGGGAAAGGAUUCAAACAUACUGAAAUUUAAUCUGUUUCCUCGAAUAUACCAUAACCUACAUGAUCUAAGGCUCAUCCAACCCUUGUUUCAUGAGUUUGUUCCGGGUUCCUUCUUUGGGGAGACAAGUCAGCUCCAAGCCUCCCUUGAAACUUCUAGUGAUGGACUAAUCAACUCUACUUUGUCGAUUAACUACCUCUCAUCAUAUAUAGUUGAGAUCGAAAAUCAAAACAUAAUGGGCCCUGUAAGCUUCCUAGCGGAUCUUGGUGGCCUAUAUUGCAUUAGCAUUGGCAUAUUUUUCUACCUUUUGGUGCAAUGUGAGUACAGAGUAAAAGGACUUCGGAAUGAAGAUGUCACUAUGCGACAGAUAAGAAAUCGGCUAAAAGCUCGAGAACACUGGGAGAAAUUGAGGAAAUAUGUAAUGUACACGUGGGGUUGCAGAACAUUAGAUGACAACUACAAAAGCACUAAACAAGGAUCAAGUUGCACUGGCUUCAUGAUUCCAUCUAUUCAUGGAAAUGGACCACUACGUGGAAGUGAAUCAUUAAGGAAGAAGUUGCAAAAUAGAGAGGACAGUAUAUCGUUUAACAAGAAAGUCAGCAUACCCAGUGAAAAGAAUUCCAUUGCAGAACAUGCUUGUAUCCAGGGAGUAAAACCUUUUACAGCUGAAUCUAUGUUGAACUCUGAAGAGAGAUUGUUGGAUUCGAGGGAAGAGCAUCCUCUCAGAGGAGAAGUGCUUCUCUCUUCAAAUGAUAGGAAACAGCAUUCAGUUGGUUUCUACAAGGAAGAUGCUUCCAUGCCUCAAGCAUAUACUUGUGAAGAAGAUGAUGUCAUUCCCAUGCCACCUCCUCUAGAAUUCAAUGCUAGAUCUGAAGUAGAGAUGUCUGAUAUACUGAAGAAUCUUGAUCGUUUGCAUGAUUACAAUAGUACAAGUGUCCUUGGUAUUCCUAAGGCAGAUGAAAUUCUCUGGCAAAACGGGAACUCAUUUAAAGGCAGCAGCUUUGUGAACGUUCCUGUGUCAAUGGGAUUGAUUUUGUCAGGGAUCCAAAGGACUGUCAUGUCUGAUGGUGCAUGA